AUUCCCUCCUCUCCAACCUGAGAUGGGCUGCUUGCUGGGCCUGACGCUGGCCUACCUGGCCCACCUGGCAGCCUGCGUAAUGGGCUUGGAGCGCCAGCAGCACCAGGUGCAGCACGGCCCCUGCAGCUACACCUUCAUCCUCCCUGAGGUAGAACAUUGCCAGCCACCGAAGAACUUUGAGUUCUCUAACACUCUCCAGGGGGACUCCCCAGCCAAGGUCAAAUCUGGUGUGAGUCAGUCCACUCUCGGCAGGACCCAGAAGGACAGGUCCUCCUGGCAGGAGAGGAAACUGGAGCGUCUGGAGACUGCCAUGGAGAAUAACACCCAGUGGCUGCAGAAGCUGGAGAACUUCAUCCAGGAGAAUGUUCGCUCCGGUGUCGAGGAGAUGAAAAGAACGGCCGUGCACACUCACACUGCCGCCAUGUUGGAGAUGGGAACCAACCUCCUCAGUCAGUCGGCAGAGCAAACUCGCAAACUGACCGAUGUUGAGACCCAGGUAUUAAACCAGACGAGUCGGCUGGAGAUUCAGCUGCUGGAGUACUCACUUUUUACCAACCGUCUGGAGAAGCACAUUCUCCUGCAGACUCAGGAGAUCUCACGCCUCGGUGACAAAAACAGUUUUCUGGAGCAGAGGCUCUUGACGCUGGAGGCCCGCUAUGGGAUGGAGUUGCAGGGCUUGCAAAGAGAAAAGCAACAGUUGCAGGAGCUGAUGCAAAGGCAGAGCCGUCUGGUCAGCCAGCUCCAGGGCGAACUGGGCAGCGCAACUCUCAACAGCACGUUGCUGCAGAGACAGCAAGCUUUGCUCACUGACACAGUGGGGCAGCUCCUGGCUUUGGUCCAUCAUUGCAAUGAAAUCUCCAAUGUACCCAAGGAGGAGCCGCUAACUUUCAGGGACUGUGCAGAGAUUCUGCAGUCGGGACAAACAGCAAGUGGAAUAUAUAGCAUCCGCCUCCCCAACUCCACUCACUCUGUCAAGGUUUUCUGUGAUAUGAAGACCAGAGGAGGGGGGUGGACGGUUUUGCAGCAUCGCAGAAAUGGCUCCGUUGAUUUCCAUCGCGGAUGGAAGGACUACAAAUCGGGAUUUGGAGAGCCUUCUGGGGAACAUUGGCUGGGAAAUGACAUCAUCCAUAAGCUGACCAGAUCCGGAGAAUAUAGUCUGCAUGUUCAAUUGAAGGACAAAGACGGGAAUGAGGCCUACUCGCACUAUGACCGCUUCUACGUAGACGGGGAAAACCGUAACUACAGCCUUCACACCGAGGGUUUCAGCGGCACAGCUGGGCGGACCAACAGCAUGACCCACAGUGGCACCCAGUUCAGCACCAAGGACAGAGAUAACGACCGCUGCACCUGCAAGUGUGCACAGCUCGCCUCUGGAGGUUGGUGGUUUGAGGCUUGUGGACCAUCCAACCUGAACGGUGUGUAUUACCCCGGCUCAUCCAAUGUGGUGCGCUACAACGGCAUUAAGUGGUACUAUUGGAAAGGGCCAAAUCUGAUGGCUACCAUGACGACCAUGAUGGUGCGGCCAGCAAACUUAUGAUUGACUGCUAUUUUAAGUCAGACGUUCCUCCCUGAUAAAUGUAAUGGAUAUCGCCGCAAUAUUGGAACGUGUGAGACGCUUAAAGACUCCCGGCAAGGAGACAUGGUCCAAAUAACCUCCCGAGAGUGGACUUGAGGGGUUCAACUGAGAAAACAGUGUAGAUUAACUGUCUAUAUUGAAACUGAAAUAACAAAACUGAAUUAUACAUUGUAACAUAAAGUUCACAGGUAUAGCUUUCACUGAGAUUUUGAUGGCAUUUUAUAAUAUGACAUCAGUGAUUUCAUCAUUAUAAUACCAGUAAAACUAUGACAGCCAUAAUAAACACGUCUGCCCUUCCGAAGGGGCUUUACAGAGUGAAACAUCCCACUUCUUUACUGUCCUGGCUCUCAUAAAAUUCAAAUUUGUGAGUGAUUUAGCUUGUAAAACGUACAUCAAGUGUGAUUUAUAGUAGAUGAUAAAAUGUUAUAACAUCUUGGGACAGUUAAAAAGAAAAUAGCAUGUGUAUUUUCCGUGGCUAUAGGGUGGCCUGAUACUCUUGCCUUGCACAGCUGAUGGCAUAAAUUACCUAGCAGCAGCGGUCCCUGCAGUAUCUAUUAGCUUGUAAAUGCUUUCCACCUGUGCACAGUGAGCGUGGCGACACAGGAGGACAAGGACUGCUAAUUGUUUCAGUUCAUCAUGGACAGAAACAACACGUCUGACUGACAUCUGGUGAUGUAGCAGCCAGCUUAAUGAACUGGAGAAGUGACAUGUUUAUUACAGUCAGUUGGUGAUAUUGUCCACAGAAAAGAAA